AUGCAGCUGACAGAACAAGAACGAGAAUGGGCAUUGGCCAUCAGGGAGCGCAUCCAGAGCUCUGCAGAACUCGACAAUGUUUCUGAUCUCAUGUGUGCUCAGCUUGCCAUAGUUGUCCAGCAUGAUGUAGAUGAGGCCAUUCGUCGUGUAUGGGUAAUGCAGGAACUCAAGGAGGAUCUGAAAAUCCAGGAUUCACUGGAAGAGGCCAGGCGCACAUUCACCAAAAUUAUGGAGUAUUGGCCCGGUGCAAUUCUUUCAGCUUACUUCAAUGAUGAAGAUGAAGCAUUGGUGGUAGUGUUUGAUACUCCCAGAUUCCAUGGGUAUAAAACCCAGGAGAAGAUGAAGACAACCCUGCUUAUGGCUCAUUACUUGUGCCGUAUGCUCAAUCCAGAUAUAGAGGCAACUCGGAAGGGGGUCAUUUUCUUUUGAGAGUGCGAGGGAUACUGCUUGCAUUCAGAUAUGAUUGAUUUGAAACUGUUUCGGACUGUUCUUGGGGACUUUUAUGGGUCCUAUCCAAUGACAUUCCGACAAAUCAAAAUGUUUCAUACGCCAGUGGGCUUUAACUUGCUCGUGUCACUUGCAAGAAAAGUUAUACCCAGGCACAUCACUUCCAAGUUUCGAGUUGGUUGCCAGUUUGAGGGUGGGAGACUUGACAAAUUCUACUUGACACCAACACCAACAAUUGCUGCAGUGAUGACUUUUGGCAAGAUGAUUGAAUUAUUGCAGUUGCGGUACGCCAAUGAAAAUAGAUUUAAACUUUAGUCAAUACUGAUAC